CCCAACAUUUCCAAACUCGCCUCAGUAACCUCUUGACUUUCACGGGGAGUGCACGUGUGUCGCUGGCUGGGGGAUCUUUACACGCCACACCUGCCUCCACCUUGACUUCAGAUUAAGUGGAUUUGAAAGGAAGGGAAAUUAAAGAAACACAGAGGGAGUUUUGCCACUUUUGUAUUAAAUAAGUGGAGUUUGAAGAGGAAAAUAUAGGAAAAUAGGAAAAGAAAGUUUAAAUUGUUGGAAAAAAAGGCGAUUUUAUUAAUAUUUAUUCAAUUUGUGGAUUUUAUUCGAGGUUUUAUAUAUUUUAUUAUAUUUAUCUAUUUAUUUAUUUGUGAGGAAAUUAGAAAAGAAAGUUUGGUGUUGUCAGAGAAGGAAAGGAAAAAGGAAGGAUGCUGGGCCGGGGGAGGAUGAGGAGAGGGGUGAGUCUGGAGGUCAUAGUGGAGGAGGACGACGGCACGGAGGUCACCCACGACCCCCUUCCCCCCCUGGAUGACGAGGAGGAAGAGGAGGAGGAGGAGGAGGAGGAGGAAGACAUGGAAGAGGAGGAGGAGGAGGAAGGAGGAGCUUCACGUAACGCUGCUGGAGGAAGAGGAAGAGGAGGAGGAGGAGAGGGAAGUGAAGGAGGAGGAGGAAGAGGAGGAGCUUCCGGAAUAGAGGAGAGGAGAAGGAAGCGUGAGAGAAGAAGAACGCUGGCACUCACAAGACUUCGCUCAGUGUCGUGCGAGACACUCACUCUGCUGGACACAAGCGACAUGGACUCUUGCUGUUCAGAAUGGGACGACGACGACGAUGUGUCCACGACUGGCAACUACGUGACACUGAACCGGCCUAUCAGCAGACGGCGCAUCCUGGAGAGCACCCAAUGCGACUCUGAGGACAGUGGAAUCGACCAAUCAAACGAGGACGAGACAUUCCCAGGCGACCAAUCAGCGAGCGAGGAGCGGAGAGACGACCAAGAUCAAGAACAAGAUCAUGAUAGUCACGACCACGACGAUAUUCACGAUCAGGAAACAGCGACCGAAUCUGAUGAAGAGGAGUCAGAAAGUCGGUUCGUGGAGGUGAAAGGAGAGAAAACAGAGGAGACUAAGGAGAUGAGUCUAGUGGAGAUGAGUCCCCGGGAGGUGUUGGAGAACGAUAAGGUUGUCAUAGUGGAGAAGACGCCUCCUGCUCCUCCUCCACUACCUCCCUCCUCCUCCUCCUCCUCCUCCUCCUCUCAGAAAUCGCACGUGUUGGAAGAAGGCAAAGGUGAAAUAGGCCUUGAGGGGGACGAGGAGACAGCGUUGCGGCAGAAGAGAGCAGCUUACACCAUUAGGAACAAGGAGGUCCAGCUGGAGGAACUGCCGGCACCUCACACCGUCAGCAGUGUCCGACAGCUCUUUGAGGCGAGUGGAGCGCCUUUGGGACACAUCAGAGCUUGGCGAGACCUUGGUCGGUUUAAGGACAUCAAAUCAAACCCAUCGAGCAAAAUCCUUCGCUUUGAUCGUGGCGAGAACAGCGAAGGACAGUCAAGAUUCCUUCGAUUGGGGUCCUCUUUCACCUUACCACGCCUUCCUAGCCAGCGCCCAAACCCUCCCACGCCUUCCUGCACCCUCCCACGCCACCUCAGAGCCUCAGCCACCACGCCACGCCCCCAGGAAACGCAGAAAUCGGGGAAAACAGCAAAGGAUGUAGCGGCAACGAGUGGGCAGGUUAUAUCACUAAGAAAGCCAACAGUGCGUGGGUUUAACGUGAAGAAAGCGCUGCAGGAGGACCCAAGGACAUUCCACACCCACACUAUGCCACACCCCUCCAGCAGCAAGGCCUCCCCCGCCCACCACGCCGCCCGCAGGAGCUACAGUGUUAAAGGAAGGAUGCUGCAGCCCAGUGACGUGCCUAUGGACAGAUCGGAUACGGAAUCACUCUCUUCCGAUAUGAGUGAGGAUAGCGGACUGAGUAAUGACUCCUCCUCUUCCUCCUCCUCCUCCAAGUCAUCUAAAUCCAUAAAAUCGCUGGAAUCCUACACAUCCGAUCCGAGUUUUAAGCUGAUCGACCCCAGCAUAAUGGCAAAGAUAAGGUCUGUUGGCACCACUGUCAUUUUCUUCGGGCCAAGGCAAAGAGCUUCCCAGUCCAAGAAUUCCUCCAGCCUUCUCAACCGGCCGCUGCCCAAACACCUGCUGAAGAUGACUCCGCCAGCUGCCCCAAGGAUCGUGGGCGUGCUGAGGAAGAAGUCUCCGGCGCCCACACACUCCGGGGGCGUGGCGGCGGCGCGGGGAGGAGCGGCGCCCCCCGGAAAGUGGAACAAGGGACAAGAUUCUAUGGUGUAUAAUUUCACUCAACAUAAACAGUCCUCUUGGAUCUAAGCUCUUCCUCUUUCCUCCUCUUCUUCUUCUUUCUUCUUCUUCUUCUUCUACAUUUUUUUCUUCUUCUUUUUCAUUUCCUCUUCUUCCUCUUCCUAUUCGUCUUCCUCUUUUUCCUCUUCUUCCUCUUCUCCUCUUCCUCCUCUUCUUCCUCUUCCUCUUCCUCCUCUUCUCUUUUUCCUCUUCUUCCAUUUCUUAAUUCUCUUCUUCCUUUUCUCCUCUUCCUCCUCUUCUUCAUCUUCCUCCUCUUCUCCUCUUCCUCUUCUUUCUCCUCUUCCUCCUCUUACUCUUCAUUUUCUUCCUCCUCUUCCUCCUCCUCUUAGAAUUUCACUCAAAAUAAGCCUUCCUCUUAGAUCUAAACACUUGCUCCUCCUCCACUUCCUCUUCCUCUUACUCUUCCUCUUCCUCUUUCUCCUCCUCCUAAACCCAUUACUCAGAGUCCCUUAAAUCUCCCUUUAAUCUCUCUCUCUCUCUCUCUCUCUCUCUCUCUCUCUCUCUCUCUCUCUCUCUCUCUCUCUCUCUCCUCAUUGGUUUUCAUAAUUUCCUCUUCCUUUCUCUCUUUUCUUGUUAACUGAUCUCUCUCUCUCUCUCUC